UCAACUCAGCCACUUGAGAGUCUGGGGUUCAUUUUACUUGGAUGAGGCCCUAGAGGAAGAGACUGGGGCCCAGUGGCUGGCAGCAUGCCCGCCUGGUCUCCAAGUGCCCCACCUUCUAUCACAAGAAAGGAAAUAGGCUCUAGUUCAGAGCAAACCGCCAAGAGUUCAUCAUGUCCCAUCUGCGCACUUAUUCAGCCAUGCGGCCUUAGGCAAGGCACCUGAGCACUCAAGUGCCUCAGUUUCCCCUCUGUAAAGUGGGGCUAUUCCUCACGGCGCAGGCACAGAGUGAGGACCAAGCGGGUCCCCCUCUGGAAGCCCCCAGCACUCUGCCUGACACGCUACGCUGAUGCUCAGGAAGCCUGGGGUUUCUGGGUAGGGCUGGAGCGCGCACUGAAGGGAGACAUGCAGCUGUCAGAGAACUGGGCAGCUGGUGGGGAAGUGUCAGUGAAAAGAAAACAUGGCUACUUGUGGCCGGGUGGGCGGCUGGUCUGACCUGACCCAUCCCAGGUCCAAAGGUGAAGCAGCCCAGAGCAGGCUGGGAGGACAGCAGGGUGGGGGUGGCGAGCGCCGCCCCGGCCGCGUUUCCCCAGCCGCAGUCACCCUCCUUCCCCAGGACCCCGCAGCUGAGGGAGGAGACGGCCCAGGUGUAUGGGAGGUGGGAGGCCUCAAGUGCAGGAAGCUGUGGGUGCCUCAGGCAGGGCCUCGGGACACCUGCCGUGUCUGGGCCCAGGGCCUCCCAUCGGCUCGGGACCACGUCCUCAGGGUGCAUUCAGAACUGGUUCUUCCAGCUGUUAACCCUGCAGCUCCUGACAACACACACACCCAGGUGGGAUUCAUCAGUUUUCUUUGGGACUCCUCCACUCCAAGCUUACACCCUGAUAGCCUGGGUCAGGCUGCCCUGCUCAGGUGGGCUCUGCCGCCUCUCUGCUGCCUCCUGGCCCCUCAGCACCCUCAGAGCACCCCGCCCACCCAGCACGAAGCCCUGCUUUGCACACAUUCCACUGCUGGUUUUGACCCAAGGGCUGCGGUUUGUAAGCAGGUUUGCCCAACAUCCAACACCAGCUGAAAGAAGCUCCUUGAAGCCACGGACGAG